AUGGAGAAGUCCGUUAAGGUUCUCAACAUCUCCGCUAAAGUCACUGAUCAGGAUAUCAUUGACUUCUUCAAGUUUGCUGGGGACAUUUCCUCUGCAGUUUUCAAAUCGGAUCAGGCAUCGUCGUACCCUGCAAAAAGGUUCGCAAUUCUGACAUUUAAGGACGGCAACGCAGUUGAGACUUCACUGUUGCUUUCAGGAACACUGAUUGAAGACCAGCCCAUCCAUGUACUACGCCUUUCGGACGAGGAUUACCAUGAUUUCGCCUCUCAAGAGGCAAUGGUGAAUACGGUUGGAGGGCAAAGUUCAACAGAAACGAUUCACAAGUCCGAAUCCGUUGUUGCGUCGCUGCUUGCCUCUGGUUAUAUUCUGAGUAAAGACGCUUUGGAGAAGGCGAGGGCAUUGGACGAAAGUCAUGGCAUCAGCCAAACUGCAUCCACAAGUAUGGCGUCUGUAAAAGAGAAGACUGCAGCGACUGUAGCUGCCCUUGACAAGAGGUUCAACAUCUCUGAGAGGAUGAGUGGCGCAUCUGCUUCUGUCAGCAACGCAUUCACCUCGGUGGACAACACUUAUCAUGUGUCUUUCAAGGCCAAAGCGGCUGCAGCAACAGCAGAGGCGUCUUUCACACAGGCUGCACAGCAGGUGAUGAAGAAUCCAUAUAUUGCAUCUGGAAGGGACUGGAUGGUGGGGACUUUUGAGCGUGUGAAACAGCAGACUCUUGAGCAAAAGGAGAAGGAGGAUGAGGAUGAGGACGAGGCGCGCGUGCGACGCGAGAAGGUGUCGUUAAAGCCGCAGAUUCGCUCCAUCAAACGGCUGCUGAGCAAGGUGGGUCUCCCCGCCGAGGCGCGGCAACAGCAGGAGGCGAAGCUGGCGGAGCUGCAGCGUCGGGACGCGGAGCGCGUGCGCGCGGACAAGAGAGCCGCGCUCGCGCGCAAGCUGGGGCAGAAGUACCGCAUGGGGCGCUUCUAUGGAAGGAGUAAUGUUGUAAGCUGGAGUGCUCCUUUCUUUCUCCCUUUCCCUCCCUUCUCCACAUCCGCUCCUCCCUCUAAAUCCCAUCCCACCCUUUCGCGCCCGGACCCACUCACCUUCCCCCCACUCCCCCCAUGCUCACCUUUCCCCCCAGUCCCUACCGAGUGCGUAUUAUGCGGCGCAUCAAGCAGCUGGAGAGGCGGCUGGAGUGGAGUAAGUGCAUUCGCAUCUCAAACCCUCUCAAACCCCCUCGAACCCACUCGAACUCACUCACGUGUUUCCGCAGACCGAGUGCGUAUUAUGCGGCGCAUCAAGCAGCUGGAGAGGCGGCUGGAGGAGAUUGAGAGAGGUGGGGAGGGCGGAGCAGGGGAGGGGGAUGGUGCGGUGGGAGGGGGAGAGGGGGGAGAGAGUGGGGAGGCGGAGGAAGGGGAGGAGGAGGAAGGGGAGGAGGAGGACGAGGGAGAAGAGGGGGAAGAGGGGGGAGUGGGGGAAGGGGAAGCGGAAGAGGGAGAGGAAGGGGAAGAGGGGGAAGAGGGAGAGAGCAGCGAGGAGAUUGGUGAAGGGGAGAAAGGGGAAGGAGGGGAAAGGGGGAAGGGAGGGGAAGUAGGGGAGGAAGGAGAGCGAGGGGAGGGGGCGGUGGGAACGAAGCAAGAAGAGGGAGAAUUGGAAGAGUAUGGUGGGGACACGGAUGAUGACGAGGAGGAGGAGGGGGAGGCAGGGGAGGGGCGUGUUUUGUGGCGCCUAAAAAAUCAAGCUGAGGCGGUGGAGAAGAAGCUAGAAGGGGAAGCCUUGGAGGAGGAAGAGUAUGGAGGGGACACGGAUGAUGACGAGGAGGAGGAGGGGGAGGCAGGAGAGGGGCGAGAGACGCAUGAGGGCGAGAGGGCGAGGAGGGCGCGCGUGGUACUGAGUGACUGCAAAGCCAUGGGGCGAGAGGAGGCGCUGCAGGAGCUGCGUGUGUGGCGCGGGUACCUGGACUAUGUGCUGUUCUUCCCCCUGUGGCGGCACUACGUGUCUGUUGUAGUCAACCACGGGUGUGAGCAUGGCAGCAGCGCCGACAGCAAGCGGCUGUGGGGGAAGAUCCAGGCGCUCAUGCUGCUGGCACGGGAGAACAAGCACGAGGCGGAGGAGAGGGCGCGGAGAGAGGAGGAGGCGCAGCAGGAGGAGAGGAAGCAGCGGGAGGAACGGCGCCGUGCUG